AACCUAAAGCUAAAUGUGCUGACUGUUUUGCAGCUUACCUCCCCAGCAGCUUCUGUAUGUACACCACGCUGAUCGCGAUGUCAGGCUGGUACACAGAGACACACGGCCUGGCUGUGCUGGGAGUGGCAGCGGGAGCCAUUAUAGGGUGGCCUUUCAGUGCAGCACUUGGACUGCCAAUUGCGUUUGAUCUGCUGUUCGUGAAGAGAAAAACUCGGAGUUUUGUCACCUGGACUCUUGUAGCUUUGUUGCUCUUUCUGGUCCCCCUCGUGGCCGUCGACAGCUAUUACUAUGGGAGGUUGGUGGUGGCUCCUCUCAGCAUCGUCAUGUACAAUGUGUUCACUCCUCACGGGCCGGACAUUUAUGGUGAGUUACUGGCUGUUGUGUGCGUGUCAUUGGCACUGGGAGUUCAUAAUAACCUUCCAGAACUAUGGUCAUAGCCUCAGCAUUAAAGGUCAGUCCUUUAGAACU